AUGGGGUUCUUCAUGCCAGGAAACAUGGGCAUCAUGAAGGAAGAGAAACAGAAGAUGGGGCGGGCAGAAAUGAGGAUGCUGAGAUGGAAUUCGAGGACUCACAGUCAAGAGAUCUUAAAUGAAGUAAAGCUUGAGAGAAAAGAGACGAGAAUGCUGAGGUGGAUUAUGGGAAUAUCGCUGCCGGAGAGAUUGGACAAUGACGAAAUAAGAGGGGCAGGCAGGCUUAGUAAAGAUGUCAGAGGUCAUAAGAGAGUCACGAUUGAGGUGGUAUGGGCAAUGGGCAAUGGGCAUGUGUUGAGGAUGGAUGACGAGGAGGGAAUGAAGAGGGCUUGGGAGGAACUUUGCAUCCUUAAGGACACUGGAGACAGCGUCGAGGCUUUGGAGGCUCAUGAAGAAGAAAGUGCAGCCUCAUUCUUGUCAAAAUUGGUGAUGCAGUCAUCAAAAGGCCUCACAUAUUCAUCCGAGGAAACUGUUGAUGAAGGUCGCCUGAAUUACGCAGAGGCCAAAAUUAGGGAUCCGUCAUGUGUCCAAAGAUGGACUCUAUACCAUGACAUGAUACUAGAGAUGGGAUUCUCUAACCGACCAAUACAAUUACUUUUCAACGUCCCCAGUAACAUCUUCAACAUCCCAUUUAACACCUCCAACAUCCCAAGAAACAUCUUCAAUAUCCCCAGUAACAUUUUCAACAUUUCCAGUAACAUCUCCAACAUUUCCAGUAACAUCUCCAACAUCCCCGGUAACAUCUCCAAUAUUCCAAGUAACAUCCCCAGUAACAUCUUCAACAUCGCAAGAAACAUCUCAACAUCCACAGUAAGAUCUCCAACAUUUUCAGUAACAUCUUCAACAUCGCAAGAAACAUUUUCAGCAUCCCCAGUAACACCUCUCCAAAACCCCAGUAACAUCCUCAACAUCAGUAACAUUCUUAAGAUCCCCAGUAACAUCAACAUCACAAGAAACUUCUCUAAUAUCCCAGUAACAUCCUCAACAUUCCAAGUUACAUCUUCAGUAUAUCAAGAAACAUCUCUAACAUCCCCAGUAACAUCUCCAACAUCCCAAGAAACAUCUCCAACAUCCCAAGAAACAUCUCCAACAUCCCCAGUAACAUCUCCAACAUCCCAAGAAACAUCUCUAACAUCCCCAGUAACAUCUCCAACAUCCCAAGAAACAUCUCUAACAUCCCCAGUAACAUUUCCAACAUCCCAAGUAACAUCUUCAGCAUCCUCAGUAACAUCCUCAACAUUCCAAGUUACAUUUUCGAUAUCCAGUAACAUCUUUCACAUCCCCAGUGCCAUCUCCAUCAUCCCAACUGACAUCUCCAACAUACUAAGUAACACUUUCAACAUCCCAAGUAACAUCUCCAACAGCCCCAGUGCACCUCCAAAUCCCCAAUAA